AUGCCAAAAAAUAAAUAUCAAAAAAUCUGCAGUAAAGAAACAUUUAUGAUUGUCAGAAGCCUUCAAACUGGAAAUGUGUCACUCACGUUAGCAGACGAAAUCAAAAAAUAUAAAACAGAUGCUCUUAUCGAAUUUUUACAGAGAGAAGAGGACUUGGAGCUUGAUGACUUGAAAGUUAUUCGCGAAGAAAAAACUUCAUUAAGGAGUGUAAGGAAAAAGAAGCGCUCAUUUUCCUCGUAUAAGACUCAGAAAGACUUAAAAGAGGUAUUAGCAAAGUAUGGGAUUGAUGGUAAUGGGAUAGGUGCAAUCCGUCAAUUUCCACCAAAAACAUAUACACUCGAAGACGAUGAUGAGGAAUUGAAACAAUGUAUAAGGGAAAUAAAAUGCAGGUUGGGAAAUAUGGGGACUAUUCUUGCCGAUAGCAAUAAAGCCAUGUGGUGCGAAUAUAUUUCGGUCAUUCUUCAGCUUGAUACAUGUAUCUUUCAUCAUGAGUUUGCCGUUUUUUUACUAAUCCCUAUAAUUAAAUUGAGUUGAAAAAAUAAAUUGAUAAUAUACCAAACCAAUUGAAUUUCAUUUUUACACUUACAACUUCGUACAAAUUGAGUAAGAUAUCUUGAAAUAUUUCCCAUGAAGUAUCAGGU